AUGAUUGACGACCACCAUCAGACGACCGCGCUGGGUAUCGUGGUCGCGUUUCCUAUUCUUGGCGGCAUUGCUGUUUUCCUUCGGCUCUGGAGUCGAUGGCUAUCACGAUCUGCGCUCACCAGCGAUGACCACUUUAUCAUUGCGGGAUAUGUCCUUGCCGUGUCUCAAUCCGUCACCUCUUGGUACUACAUCAAAACAAACUAUGUCGGUAUUCACAUCUGGGAUGUGCCGAAAGACUAUAACCCGAGACCAGGGCUAGUGUGGAAUUUCGCAAACCAGCUUAUCUACAAUCCGGCCUUGACCCUCGUCAAAGUCUCGAUUCUAUUAUUCCUGCGCCGGCUGGACCCUCGCUCGCGAUUGGUCAAAUACCUCAUUUGGAUCUCAAUGGCGGUGGUCGUUGGACUAUUUGCCGCCGUUCUCCUGGUUGAUAUCUUCCAAUGCCAUCCAGUGGCUUAUGUCUAUGAUCAAACCAUCCCAGGCGGCAAAUGUAUUAACCAGGGUGCAUUCUACGUCUCGACCGCUGCGCUCAAUCUAUCCACCGAUUUGAUGGUACUAUCGAUCCCCAUUAUCAUCACCUGGCGCCUGCAGAUGCCCAUCCGCCGCAAGAUCGCCGUGUGUAUCAUUCUGUGUCUUGGUGGAGUAGCAACAGCCAUCGGCGUCUGGCGCAUCAUAAUCCUCGCCAACGCCUUCAUAUGCCAGACCAAAAAGCUCGACCCAACCUACGCAGUCGACUUCUGCAGCUCAGCAGUAGAAGUGAACGUGGCCGUAGUAACAGCCUGCGCACCCUCCCUCAAAGCAAUCAGCACGAAAUUCCUCCCGAGACUCCUGGGCAGCUCCAACGGCGGCGGCACCGGGUCCGGAACAAGACGCGGCGCUCACAAACGUGGCAUCUCCCAUAUCUCGCACUUCUUCUCGCAUCGCAGGUCAAAUACCAAGUCCUCGCCGUCUCGCUCUACCGAGGAUGAUGGGUACGAGAUGGCGGAUCCGCUGGGCGGGCCGCGUGUGGGUAUUGGCACUGGCUCGGAGCCAUUUGAUAUGCGCAAGUAUAAGCGCGGCGCUGAUAGUCCUAGCUUUAUUAGUUCUGACGAUGAUGGUGUUUCUGGGAUCGUCAAGACCACUGAUAUCUCAAUUGGAUAUGUCAUGGAACCUGGGGAGCAGCAAGGUCGGUCUAAUGAAGCAAGGCCUGCUAGUGCUGAUAGUUGGGUUUGA